AUGCCUUCAUUGUGUGGAGAAGAUGGUGAUGACGCCCAAGACGAGUCUGUUGAUUCUGAUUCUGCUGCUGAUGAUGACGAUGAUGGCGACGACGAGGAUGAUGAUGGCGACGACGAGGAUGAUGAUGAUGAUGAUGAUGAUGGUGAUGAUGAUGAUGAUGAUGAUGAUGAUGAUGAUGAUGAUGAUGAUGAUGAUGAUGAUGCGGAGGAGGAGGAGGAGGAGGAGGAGGAGGAGGGGAGGAGGAAGAGGAGGAGGAGGAGGAGAAGAAGAGGAUCAUCUGUCAGAUAA